GCAGAUCUCAUUUAUUUGCCGCUCUUCGAGGCGUUCACAACGUGAAAAGCAAACGCUGCGCGCCAAGCAACUUGUAGACUUGACGAUUUUGAAUCGGGAAUCGGAAACAUUGUGCCAGGAGGAGCAGCAAUUGUAUAAAGCGUGCAUCGAGUCGUGAUCAUAAAAUACUUGUCAAACAAUUUACAGCUUCCAGAAGCAAAAGUCAAUAAAAGUUUUCAAAUUAAAAUAUUGAAGCGUCAUCUUGCUAUAUAAUUUAUGCACAUAUUUCAAAUUUCCCAACAAGGACAAGGACACUCGAUAGUCAUUAACGGCUCAUCACGUUGGCAAAUAAAUUCAGUAAAUAUUAUAAACAGCUUCUGCUGCCGCUGGAAUCAACGACGCGCCUUUUAAACAUGCCAUCUUUGUCUUCCCUACUGGCGCUGCUCGCCCUGGUUACGCCCAGCCUAGCGGGCACCUACUCCUACAGCAUGCGCGGCACAGACGCUGUCGGCCCAGUCAGCGGCACGCCCCCACGUCCGGUCAACAAACUGUUGGUGCAAUCACCCAAGCUGGACAAUGUCUAUAUGGACUAUUUGGUAACAUCGCGUCCACUCAACCUGCGCAAAUACAACAAGAACGGCAGCAAAACGAAGAAGACCAAGAAGGACUCGAAAAUCUAUUUCAUAGCCAUACCCCCACUGCCGUAUCGCUAUAUACCCGGCGUUGGCUACGACUAUCAGCCCAUGAAAAUCAAGCCCAUUCUGGAGGAGGUGCCCAGCCCAGUGAGCACGUCAACAACAACAACAACAACAACAACAACAAUUGUUUACAGUUACAAAACAAUUGUUUAUGCAACUGCACUUAGCUGAUUGAAUUAGCUGCGCCUGUUUAACAACAAAUGCUUCCAAUCAACACACACACACACGCACACACCCAUCACAUAAUUAACUUCUUUAACAAUUAGACGCACACACACACACACACACACCAUUGCUUUUCUGUAUCUCUUAUGCCUAUACUAUUAGAUGCCUUAGAUUAUGAUUUGCAUAUACCUCAACUGAUCCGAAACUGUCUGUGCGCUCU